CGGGCUGCUCCCCCGCCGGCUCCGCCCCGCUUCCCUCCCCCGCCGGCUCCGCCCCGGAGGCCGGCACGCUGGCUCGCUCCCUGCCUGGGAACAUGGCUGAAGUCGGGGAGGACAGUAGCGGGGCCCGGGCCCUGCUGGCGCUGCGCUCGGCGCCCUGCAGCCCGGCCGCGGCGCCCCCUCCCGGGCCGGCGCUGCCGGGCCCCGCCGCCGCCGCCCCGCCGGGCCCGGCCCUGGCCCGCCUGCAGGGCCGCGAGUUCGAGUUCCUCAUGCGGCAGGCGGCCGUCACCAUAGGCCGCAACUCCUCGCAGGGCUCGGUGGACGUGAACAUGGGGCACUCGAGCUUCAUCUCCCGGCGCCACCUGCAGCUCAGCUUCCAGGAGCCGCACUUCUACCUGCGCUGCCUCGGCAAGAACGGCGUCUUCGUGGACGGGGCCUUCCAGCGGCGGGGCGGCCCGGCCCUGCAGCUCCCCCCGCAGUGUACUUUCCGAUUCCCUAGCACAGUCAUAAAGAUCCAAUUCACAUCUUUAUACCAUAAAGAGGAAGUGAAGGAGGAAGCUUCAUCACCUCCCCUUCGGCCGCUUUAUCCUCAGAUAUCACCUCUGAAGAUACACAUUCCGGAGCCGGAUCUCCGGAGCUUGGUCAGCCCCCUGCCCUCCCCCACUGGCACUAUCAGUGUUCCCAACUCCUGCCCGGCCAGUCCACGUGGUGCUGGAUCCUCAGGAUAUCGCUUUGUUCAGAACAUUACCUCGGACCUGCAGCUGGCAGCAGAGUAUGCAGCAAAAGCGGCAUCAGAGCAGCAGGCAGACGCAUCUGGCGGGGACAGCCCAAAGGAUGAGUCCAAACCACCAUAUUCAUAUGCUCAGUUAAUUGUGCAGGCCAUAUCUUCAGCCCAAGACAGGCAAUUAACACUAAGUGGGAUCUACGCCCAUAUCACCAAGCAUUAUCCAUAUUACAGGACUGCUGACAAAGGCUGGCAGAACUCCAUUCGGCACAACCUUUCCUUGAACCGUUACUUUAUCAAAGUUCCACGCUCCCAGGAGGAGCCUGGAAAGGGCUCCUUUUGGCGAAUCGACCCUGCCUCAGAAGCCAAGCUAGUCGAACAGGCAUUCCGAAAACGGAGACAGAGAGGGGUGUCUUGUUUUCGAACCCCUUUUGGACCCCUCUCCUCCAGGAGUGCCCCUGCCUCUCCUACUCAUCCCGGCCUGCUGUCUCCUCACUCUAGUGGCCUACAGACUCCAGAGUGCCUGUCCAGGGAGGGCUCACCCAUUCCACAUGAACAUGAUUUUGCGUCAAAGUUAGCCUCUGUUCCAGAGUAUCGAUAUUCACAAAGUGCGCCUGGAUCACCUGUCAGUGCCCAGCCGGUGAUCAUGGCUGUUCCUCCCCGGCCAUCCACUUUAGUGGCAAAGCCGGUAGCUUACAUGCCAAUAGUGACUUCUCAGCAGCCUUCUGGUCAUGCAAUCCAUGUAGUGCAGCAAGCACCCACUGUUACAAUGGUCAGGGUUGUAACCUCCUCCUCAAGCUCUGCUAACGGAUACAUACUGACAAAUCCGGGCCCAGGCGGCGGUGCUCACGAAGCAGCAGGAACAGUGCUGGAUUUGGCUGGUGAUCAUCGAGGCCUGGAUGAGAAACCAACAAUUGCGUUUGCCACAAUACCCACUGCCAGUCGAGUCAUCCAAACAGUUGCCAGUCAGAUGGCUCAAGGUGUCCCAGGGCAAACUGUUACCAUCCUUCAGCAGGCAACUCCAGUGACCAUUGGACAACACCAACUCCCUGUUCGGGCAGUGACACAGAAUGGGAAGCAUGCCAUCCCCACCAACAGCAUCACCGGCAGUGCUUAUGCUCUCACAAAUCCGCUACAGCUCCUUGCAGCCCAGGCUAGCUCAUCCACUCCUGUUGUGGUCAGCCGGAUAUGUGAGACAGCGACUGAAGACCCUGCAGCACCCUCGGGUGAGCCAGAUGUCAAAAAACCCCGGAUGGAAGAAUCCAGCGGAGCAGUCCAGGCUCAAACUGGAGUAAUCACAUCAACAGCGCCUCAAGGACAGGCAACCAGUGAAUGACGAAUGACGAUAGUAGGAAUGUAGGUGGGGCAGUGGCAUGAGCCUCGAAAGCAGUUUUCAAAGAAAAGAAAAACUACAACUGUAACAGUUCAAAAUUUAGAGAAUUACAAGCUCUUUUUAAAAUUUACAUUUUAAAGGGCAGGUCAACAACAGUUCUUAGAAUCUCGAGGUGCCAAAAAGAAUGAAAAAAAUCCUCCCAACUACCUGUACCUGGAACUCAGUUCUGCCUUUACUUAUGGAAUAUUUUCCCUCUUUUUAGAUUUAAAAAAAAAAUACAGACAACUGAUUGUAUGACUGCUGGGAUUUUUUUUUUUUUUUUUUUUAAAUCUCCUUCCCUUUGGGAUGGGAGUUACAGUUCAGCAUCUAAAGGAAUGUAUCACAGACACAUCUGCUCUCUGGGAGGAAGGCUGAUCAUCUCUGAUGCCUUGCUAUUCUGCGCCUCAGAGCUUCAAAACAUAUGACCAUUGAAAAGGGCCACCCAAGAAGAUUUAGAAGGAUGGGUGCAGCUUCUCGUAGGAACAGCAUUAAAGUAACAUGAUACCAAACUGGGGGGAAAAGGCAGAUUUUUUUUUUAACAAACCCACACCGUGAAACAUCAUUAUACCCAUGUUUGUUUAUAUUGGGAUUUGGGAGGGUGAGCUACAGGGCUCAACCAGAUGGAUCUUCAAAAUGUGGUUUCUGUCUAUUCCCUGUGAGGGAAAGUGAGAAGACGGAGGAGCAGCAUUAAUCUAUUUCUUUUAAAGAAAAGAGAAAAAAACAAAAAGGGGUGGGUUGUCCUCACACUGAUUUCUCACAGUUAUUCAUCAUCUGCUUCUGAAUUCACGGAAAAAUAUCAUAGUGACUGAACAUGUGAGAAAUGGCACCUUUGAAAGGUUCUGUGUACAUUUGGUUUUCUAGUUGUUCAUAUGUCCCCCUGCUUCUGGGGCAACAUGGUUUAUUCAUAACAUUCUAGAAUGAAACUACCGUCAUCUUUUCUGUGAACCCAAGGGGCAAAUGGUUAGCCUUCUGCAUCAAAGUGGUUAUCUCAGUCCUUUCUGGCAGUACGACCCUCUGGCCUGAAGACCAGAUGGCCUAAGGUCAACAGCCCAGCACCAGCUUCAAACUUGGAGCUGGCAUUGCUGGAAGUGGAUUUCAGCAGGUGUCCCAGGGUGUGAAGCUGAGACAGUGAGGUUAAAUUCCAGGGGUGAGGGGCAAUGGGGAUUAUAGACAGUAUUGAGAAUGAAUCUCAUAAACUAAUGCAAACCAAGAAAACGGAGGCCUCUUCUUUCUACAUGAAAACUGUCAACUGCUGUUUUUAAAACAGGAUUUUGAGGUUUUCCUUUGCUCCCCAACCCAGGCCUCCCAAUGAUAUAGUUAGACAAAGGACCAGAAGUCAGUUGCAUUUGUUAGGACUGGCCAGGAGUCAAGAUAAUUUCCUUUUAAAUAUAUAUUUGUUAUAAUUUAGCAGUUGGAUAAAUCAUGUUCUUUUCAGAAUGUAGUAAAAAGAUCAGUGCAGACCCAGUAUCCCUACAGAUUUCUGAGACACUUGAAGCAGUUGGGGAACUGGAUGCUCUGCAUGGCAUGAAUUGUGGUUGAGGAAACAGGAUCACCCUCUUUUCAGCCUCCAGUUAAUCAGCUGUUAGUUUUUACAGUACAACCCCUUCUGCUAUCUUCUGUGUAAACACCAAAGACAUUUCUUAACUUAAAAAUCCUGAUAGCUUUGGAAAUGGGAAAAGUAAGCUAGCAAUGCUGGAGCAUGUCUUCUUUCUAGGGAUCUGUCUGUCCUUUGUGCUUCCACUGAUGCAGUGCAGUGUUGUCAUCUUGCUGUUAAAUUCAAACUGACAGCACUGUUAUGGAGCACAGUGCAGUGAGCAGCAAGCUCAGUGUGGAACUUGUAAUGGGACGGAUCUCCCCAAGACACAGCAAAUGAGACCAUUCAUAUCCUAGACACCUGGCAGAUCACAGGUGUUAAGGAGUAAAGCAGAGCUGAUUAAUUCCUUCUAGCAUCUUAAGGAGGUGGCAAAUGUGGUAGUAAUGGCUAAUUGCGAACAGGUGACGCUACUUCUCUCUAGGUUUCCUUUCUCUUUGCCAAGUCCCAUUCCCUCUGACUGAGAUCCACUUUCUAAACGAAAGCUGAGCAAGUCCCAUUCCCUCUGACUGAGAUCCACUUUCUAAACGAAAGCUGAGCAAGUUUGGUUUUGCCUCACAAAAACGAAUUUCUUGCAGUUUCCAAAAGAGGAGAAAAUUCCUGGGGGACAUGGUUUAGGGUUACACUUUUAGAGGAACAGACAGCAUUGAAGACAGUGAUGCAUCUAUAGCUUGACCAUUCGAAUUUAUCUGUACAUUGGUAACGGUGAGUGUACAGAUUCUCUGGAUUUUAGUUCAUUUAAUUGAUUUCUGAAAUCUGGUGGCAGCUAUUGUAAUUUGCCUAACAGUUGCAGUCAGCCAUUCAGUAACUUUGCACCUAUUCUGCUUUCUGUAGGUGGCUAAGUGUGGGGUUUUGACAGUAGUCAGCUGAUGUAACGGUUUGCUCAAAGCCAGGAUCCCAAGAGAAGACUAUUAGCACAGACUCAGAAAUAGGGCACAAUGAUGAGAGUGCAGCACAGUUUGUUUGUGCCCCUACAGCCAGUCAGUAACUUCAGGUGAAUGGUACUUUGAAUUUCGGCAACCCCCCCCCCCCCCCCCAAAAGAACUAUAAGGCUGGGAAUCCUUUGUUUAAGGAAGGCUUUUUAAGUCUUGUAACAGGUCAGGUGAGCAAAUGCUGGAUGAGUGACAAAUGAAAAACAUUGUUUGGGCUGAGAUGGUUGCUUCUUCCUGAAAAUGUCCAUAAAUAGGACCAUACCAUAAGUUGUUGUAAAUCACGUAGAUCCAUUAAAUCAAUGGAGACUUGUAGACUUACAACAGGUGAGUGUUUCCACAGAUCAGUUGCUGGGUUAUAGACAUGCCUUUUAAAAUGUACAGAUUUUAAAGUGUACAUAUUUGCCAGCAUUCAGGGCAGUGUAACAUUUCCUAGACUCUCCUUUGUGGCUCAGAACACCUACUGGCCACGUUGCUAGUUGAAGAUAAUUGAAUGUACUUAUCACCAGUUACAUGUUCACUGGUCCACUUGCAAAACUCCAGAAUCUUUAUCCAAGUAGUGUUUUCUGCCUCAUCCCACAUCAGUCUGGCGUAUUCACCAUCCAUUCUAAGAAGCAGCUGUGCCACUUAUGAAUUAACCCUUCUUGGCCAGCCUUUUAGUUGGCACUUGGCUAGUGUUGGAUCCACACUAGGAAAAAUAGCACUUCUUACCCCAAAUCCUGUAGAGCCUAUGGAAAAGUGUUCUCCUUCCUUAUUUGUAGCAGCUGAUAAAGAGUAUUUAUACCUACUUUCAGGCCUCCUGAGUGGUUCUCUAGCAUGCUGCCAGUUCUAGAAAGCUGCUCAGCUAAAACACUGCAGUUACUAAUGAAAAUUCCUCUGCAGAAUUUCCUCUUAAAAAGGGCAAAUUAUAGAUAUUGGAGAUUGAAACAAUCUAAUAUGUUAUCUAAACCAUCCCUACCAAGGCAGAUUGUUGCAAAGCCAGAAGCAAGUUUUCUUCCCCAUUACAUGCUUUUUCAACCCUUAAAAGUAAGUAAAUAAAAGGGAAACUUAAAUGCAUGAGUAAGAUAAAUUUGUCCUGUUUACACACACUAAAAAUCUAAGCUUAGAAAAAUAUCCAGCUUUAUUAAAAUAAAACGUGGCCAUCUAAAUAGCCAUCUAUUAAAAUCCAGUUUGUAAACAAACUUAAGAAAUCCGUAACAAAAAUAGGGAUGCGAUGGAAAUAAUGACUCUCUCUGCUGUUCAGUUAGUGGGGAUAAAAGUUAUGCACCAUUCCAUGCUUGCAACUUCACAGCUAUAAUUUCUAAAUCAAAUAUGCAUUGAUAACCUAAAUUCUUGUAGUGGUGAUCCUCUCUUGCUGUCUUUUUCCCUUCCUGUUGCUAAUCAUAGUCCACACUCAGCUGAUUGGGUAUAACCAAUAUGGAGGAAAUGAGUUGUGGUGUUUCUUGGUUAUUGGAAUGCAGAAUUUGGGCUGGAAAUGUUUGGUGAUCAGACAGACUGAAUCCAUGUCUGAGUUUGGCUUGUUGACCCUUCUUUUCUAGUUGAAAGUGAUUUCAUUGGAGAAUAUUUCCCCUGUGCACUCCAACUGAUGCCGUAUUGAAACCAGCAGAUGCUCUCUUUUCUUUCAACAACGUCUCCUUUUUAGGCGGUUUAUUGCUGGUGACUGUCAGACCCGGGCCUAGUCCCAUGAAUUCUCUUACAUUUUCGCACCAAAUCUCUGUUGCUUUUGAGACUGUGAUUACUGUGCUGUCCCUUGGCUUGGGCAGGCAUCUUUGGAGAUGGAAUUCAGUGCAACUCCAAGGUCAUUUGAAUUACAAGUGGCCAUUUCACUGUCCCCACCAGUCUGUCUAUGUGAAGGUGCUCCUACAUUCUGGCGUACUUGAAUGUGACCUCCCAUACUUGGGUUACCUUUGCAGAAUAAUAUUGAAUAUGUUUUAGUGAUUGACUUGAAACCAAGAAAAUGUUAUCUCCAAAGAAUUCCCAGGAAUCAUACAAAAACCUGUAUCUGCCUUUUAAACUCCCCUUUCUAUUUGAAAAUGGGAGCUACUAAUUUUUGUGUAAGGUUGCAACAUUAAAAAAAAUUAAAUGAAUUUUUUCUGAAA